UUCGAACUUUGAACAGAAUUUGAAAUUUGAGUAUUGCUGUCCAGGCUGCGCGCAGUCGCAUCUGGCCGAUGUUGACAACAUCUGCUCUUAAGAGCUUUCAACAAUCAAGUUCUGACAUAUCUUUCAAGUUGAUACAACAAUUGUACCACUUUAAGCAAGUUCGAAACCAAUUAUUCCUUAUUUGGCGAAGAUCGUUUAUCAAAAACAGAUCAUCGAAAAACUCUCGACCAAGACGUAAAAAUAGGAUUAGGUCCCAGCGCUCUCUCAAGAUGGCGGCUGCAGGGCCGAUAGCGGAUGCUGUGAUUGCGGCAAUGAGCACAGAACAUGGUGUAUGGCCUGACAAUGUGGAGCUAUAUGAACCCUGCAAAGACACCAUUCUUCUGACAGAUGCUGCAAGUUGUAGAGGUAUAGAGGCUUACCUUAGAUUUUGUGGAUUGGCCCAUGAAGUUAAGUGCAGAAGGAAUGCUGAGUUUAUGUCUCCAACAGGCAAUGUUCCAUUUCUAAGAGCAGAUAGAGAUUUGAUUGGUGAUUUUCAAGAAAUAGUUUCAUUUGUUGAGGCUAAGGGCUUCUCUACAAGUGCAAACUUCGAAAUGAAAGACAAAGCAGAAAUGAAAGCAUAUUUAUCACUCAUUGAAAACUCUCUUGUUCCAUCUGAGGCCUACAGAGUUGGAUGCUCUUGUGUUCGGCCAUCUCCACACAAUACUGACCAGAUACUUACCAGAUGAUUCGCUCAGCUCUGUAGUAAGGGCUCACAGAAAUCUUGGAGACUUCGUUAUGAGGAUCCUGGGGGGAUUCUUUCAAUAAGCAGGAGCAACGGUUGUUUAAAUAAACCAUUUUACAGACUCGAGACUCUCUAAAAAAGCCAUCUAACGAUUUACUAUAAAUACACGAGAGCACGAAGCUGCCUGUCCCUUGUCUUUAGAGAGGGUUGUGUGACGCUCACGGCAAGCAAAAUUGUGCAAAAGUGAAUUUGUUUCCAUCUGUCUUCAGCUGUUUUUGCACUAUUUUGAAAUUACAUAUAUUAUUUGUGGUUUCUGGGUUUAUCUAACGAUUCAUAUAUGCAAUCGCGUUGUUGCACGUCAAUUAAUCUUAGGCGUUAAUGUUGCGCAAUUUUCCUCUUAAUUAGUGUUCCUCUUGUCCUUAUAAGAAGAGAUUUAGAGAAACUAUUGAUUGCAAAUUUCAACGCUAGAAAGUUAUUAAAAUUCAUAGAAACUUCUAAAAACUUACAACACUGUUCGUACGUAUAUUGACGACGUUGCUUCACGUCAUUAUCUAGUCAAGAGUAAAAAUGACAGGUGGAAAUAUUUUAAGUAAUCAAUAUCGAUGGGAAAAAGGUUUUUGUUCCUCUGAGUAUAGUUCCUAAAGGUGAAAUAACAACGAAGAGGUAACAAAAAAGUUUCGAAUUGAAUCAGUCUGUUGGUUGAACGAAUGUCUUCGCAAUUUAUCGAGUUAAUAAAACCACAGGUUUUUGCCUGCUACGACGAGAACGAAGAACAGUAACAGUUCUCUUUCUGACUGUUACACACCCGUUCUCCUUAACUGCUGGUUCAUAUCCCGUGCCUGGCUAUUGGUUUCUCAAAACAAGCGAAUGAGGGCAAAGAAGGAAGAACGGUAGAGGUGCGUCGCUUGCCCGCUCUAUAAUCCACUAACUGAGAGCCUUGAAUAGCCUAACAUAAAUCUGUAGGCGGAGGGAGGAGCCGGGCGCGCGUCAAAUCCAUUUUUGUUGGGGGACUAUGCCGUAAUUUUGGGAAACGGACAGAAGUGAUUAGUUAAUGUCACAAACUAAAAUUUUCCUUUACGGCAUAAAUUUCACAAAAUUAUUUAAAAGAUACAAUCAGAUCAAUGUUUGAAUAUUCAAUGGAGAUUCUAACCCCUCAGAAAAAACUAACAGCUCAUUUCCUGGUACAAUUAAGCAUAGCUACUUUGGUUUUUUUCUCAGCGCUGGAGCGGGCGGAAUUCAACAAAUCCUUUAGUUCAGUGAAUAGGUUUGAGAGUACGGGCGACUUUUAACAUUAUGUUAGUAACUUUCAGAGGGCUCCUUCACAUAUGUGCGGGUAGAAUUUCAACAAAAAUAAAACGUGAAAGGUA